CCAUCCAAGGAAUAAACACAGAUACCAUGUGAUAUACAUGAGUACAGUGCUUUUCACUCAGGCUCCCCGUGAGCUACCUACGAGGGGUCUUUCUCUCCUCGUUGCAACAGUUGGUUCCGACCACAAGCAGCUUAUUCAAGCCUCUGCGAGAAAGGUUAUCUAACUGCAAUUUAAACAUAACGCAAAAUGAGCCCUGAGGUGUGCCCUUUCUGUGGGAAAACAUACAAGAGACUGAAGAGCCACCUGCCACACUGCAAAGCAGCAGCAAGCUCUAAAACACCUCCAGCCAAACAAGAUGUCCCGGCAAACCAGGCAUCGCCUCCUCAACCGGCUGCAGCACUGUCUGACACAACAGCAAAGGGAAAGAAGUCCCCGCAGAAGUCCUCGCAGAAGUCCUCGGCAGCAACAGCUGCAGAAACAGAGAGGGGUUCAACGGUGUCACGACCAUCGUCGGCGUCUUUGAGUUCAACGUUGCUUCCAUCUUCAACUAAGAGGAAACAGAAGCUUGCUGAUCAAAUCAAGACUGACACCCUUUUCUUGUCUGCAUCUCCAUCUCUGUCUCCCGCGACCUCUAAACCAAAAAAGAAGAGCCUCCGUGCAUUGAUAGAAGCUGCAAAGGCUGACCAGGUUACAGAGGCCCCGCUAAAGGGACCCAGAUCGGUCUCAGAAAAGCAGAGUCCAGGCCUCAGAAGGUCUGAAGAGAAAAAGAUCAAAACUACUGAAGACAAAGACGCAGAGGGUCGUGUUGCCCUUCUGUCUGUGGAUACUAAAUCAAAAGAUUCUCCUAAAAAGAAGGUGUCAAAGAUGAAGAAGGUUAUUUCAACAACUCAACAUACAUCUGAGUCUCUGAACUCUCACACAAAUGACAGUAACGAAGGACUCACUGCAAGACACAACUUUGGGGUGGACGGUGAGAGGGGGAGUGAGGAUGUGUCUGCGAGUGCAUUUUUCUUGAAAUCAAGAAGUGCUGACCAGGUGAAAGUGACGCUCCAGGAUGUUAAAGCCACAUUAGGACGAGCUAAUACCCACCGGCAGUCCAGCAGGCCCAGCAUCCUGAGCAACAUUGAAGUCGCUGUCUCACUAGGCAGCACUGAUCUCAGUCCUGUCCUGCUUCCAGUGGAGACCCAGAAGGAUGCUGUUACUGUGUCAGACCGGUUUCCAAGCACCAGCACCGAGUACGAAGAGCUUCAGUCGGGUCAGAAGUCUAAACAAUCAGAUUCGAUCCCACUGCCAGGACCAAUUUCUGCCUCCGCCUCCCUCCUCUCUGCACAUGCAUCCUCUCAAGUGCUACUAGCUCCUCCUGCUCCGUGCACCAUCAGCUCCAGUGAGGUGUGGAAGGCGGCUCAUCACAGGACAGGACUGCUCUCAAUCUCCCCUCCCCUCCAACAGUUCUCCAGCCCUCUCCUUCAUCCUCCGGCGGUACAGACUCUGCCCGGGAGGGGGGGGGAGUUUCAGCCGGAGGUCAGGAAGCAGGACGCUGCCGAAAAGCCAAAUGAAGGUGCACUGACGCAGCAGCGCCUUGGACAGGUGAGGCUGAGGGAGUUACCUGAUUGGUUGGCCGGCAGUACCCCCACUCAUCCCAGAGAUGUUGUAGAAAUGGUGCAAAAAGGGUGGCGGUGGUACUACAGGAGGUACGUGGAUGUGAAGAAAGGAGGCGUGGGUGGACUGGGGAUGUUGCUGGCUGGCUACUGCGUGCUCAGCUACAUCUGGAGUUACCCUCACAUAAAACUCAGUCGUUGGAGGAAGUAUCACUGAGGUUGAAGGAAACUGUUUGGAAAAACACGACCGUGAGGAACGCAGCUGUGAUGGAGCAAUCAUGUCCAAAAUCCAGCUCAUAGGUUUUCUCUGAGAAAUUAUUUUUAUAAAACAGUUAUUUUUGGAGAAGCACUUAUCUGAGGUAGAAACUGCUAAGCUUAGCAUUAUAGCAAAUGUGACGUAUGGAUUAAAGGUCCAGACAAAAAUGGUGUCACCUGUUACCCGACCCUGAUGCCAUUGUUGUUAACUUCAGUUUAGUUUGACUGAAGACUGUCAAAAUGAUCAAAUGUGAUGGAAAAGGGAUAAAGAUGGAGACACUGUCAAAGAACAAGAAAAGAACAUUAUUAAAUAUACUGGGGGGGGAUGACUAUCAAUAAUUAUUUGUGUGUAAUUUAUUACCUUUAACUGACUCCCUCAUCUGCAAACUGUUACUUUGUGUCUUUGUAAAUUAUUUAUUCACCUGUGUUUAUCUUCUUUUUUUUUUCAGACAUUAGAUGAGGAAAAAAUACCAAAGAUCUGAUUCUUGUUUUGUUUUUCUUAUAAAAUGAAUUUUCAGCCUCCGGUGGCCAUGUGUUUCCUAAAAGGACCACUAGGGGUCACUGUAGAGGCGCGUUACUAAAACUAAAAGGGUUCGGGAGAGUUAUGACUGCUAUGCAACAUCUUCUCUGCCCUUUUGUGCAGAGGCAUUGGUUCUGGGGUCCAGGAGAGGAUUAAAGAGAUCCAAAAGAUGUUUUAUUCAACAAAAUGUGACUCGGGCCGCCACAGGGAGAAGAAAAAUGAAAGUCCCGAUGUGAUUGUAUUGUGAAGGGUUGCAAAUAUAUAUAUUUUUCUUUUCCCUUUUGCAAAAGCGUACUCCACCGCAUGAUGUGAUUAUGCACGCAUCGUCCAUCAGUGCCAGUGUGCAACACUUGCAGAAUAGUAAUGAAGGGACUCUGAAGGAGGUUCUCAGGCGGGCUGGACCAGUUUAGUUUUUCUAUUCAAAAUGAAUUUAUUGUUGGUUCUUCUCGCCGCUGUAGUGAACAUGUUAGCUACAAAUUAAGAAAUGACAGCAUUUUUGUAACUAUUUUUACUGACAUUGCUUCUCAGCCAAA